AAAGGGGGUAGGGUGCCAUUUGGGACACAGGGAUGAAUAAGACUUGUCUAUUGUUGUUGAUGUUGCAGACGGACCCGACCAGUGUUCCCCAGCUGGCCUGGCAGUUUGUCCCCGUUCAGAAGGUGGUCAACCCCGUCCUGGCAUUCUGCAGAGGAGACACCAUACACUUCCUGCUGGUGAAGAAGGAUGAGACCGGAACCAUCCAUGUCAUCAAGCAAAGACAGCUGCAGCUGAACUGUGACAUCAUCAGUCUGAAUGUAAGUGUCACAUGA